CGGGAAACGGAAUAUAUUGAUAUAUAUCGUAUACAGUAAAGGCAGCUAUUUAGCUACUAAUCAGCACCUAACGACGUAACAAGCGGUGAAAGCCCGGGCUUGACAAUCGCCGCUAGCGACGAUCACCUGUUUGGUUCACACUAGCUAGCGUUAACUGCAAGGUUCUCCCAUCAUCUGCCCCCUUAAUCUCCUUAACGAGAGUCUUCUGCGUGCCUGCUUUGAUUCCGAAGCUGCAGUCACAGAAUCUCAGCUACUCGAGUGGCUCCAGGACAAUAAUAAGCUCCAAGGAUCUCACGCACAAAGAGCUACCUGUGUUGGAGUUUGUAAUAGCCCCCAAGUUCUCCACCCACCUUCGUUAUCUUGCUCUGAGAUCAUAGAGGCGGAUCGUCAUCUUCCGUCUGGGUUUACUGAGUAAAAUGCAAGGCAGCCUUGUACUCGACUUAUAUAUAUUGACAUACCAGCCUCCAACAAUUCGUCUCAACACGUCGACGGCGCAUGCCACCGUAAACGCAACCUGUGAUUGAACAUUUUGCAAUUCAGCAUCCAUUCGUCCAAGUCAUUGCCACCAUGUCCGAUGCUAAAAAGACCAAUGCUGUGGUCACAGCCCCAACCUGUAGCAGACACAGCACCCAAGAAGCCAAGAUGGAAAAUAACGACUCCUUUGAGAUCUUCAAGACCCGCGAGGGCAGUGUCAAUUUUCGAACAGUUGGUUGGAUUCAUGCUUCUAUCAUCUUCCUCAAAUUGAUUUUCGCUACCGGUGUCUUGACUAUUCCAUCGGCCAUGUUCGUCCUAGGGGCGGCCCCGGGAGCCAUUAAUGUCGUGGGAUGGCAGCUCCUCAACACCUAUUGUGCCAUUGUGCAGGGCAAUUUCAGAAACUCGCACGCAGGCUGCCAUUCCAUUGCCGACAUGUCCUACGUUAUGGGCGGUACCUGGCUUAAAGAGGUGACGGGAGGUAUCUUCCUAGUCACAUAUCUUAUUGUGUGCGCAACCGGUAUUGUUGGCACCUCGGUGGCGCUCAAUGCCUUGUCGAACCAUGCUACCUGCACAAACUCGUUCAUGAUCGUGGCCACUAUUAUUAUCUUCCUUAUGAGCUGUGUCCGCAAGUUUGAGAAGAUUGCGUGGUUGACUUGGGCAGGGUUUCUCUCCGUUUACAUCGCUGUCUUUAUCGUUGUCGUCAGCGUAACAACGCUGGAUCGUCCUGCGGCGGCACCCCAAACUGGCGAUUUCGAGCUCGGCUUCCAUGUCAUUGGCUACCCGACCUUUGCUGAAGGCAUCACGUCUGCGGCCACCAUAUUUUGCGCCGGCGCUGGAACAUCGGCCUUCUUGCCCGUUAUUUCCGAAAUGAAGCACCCAAGAAACUACAACAGGGCUGUUUACCUUUGCAUGGGCGUCGUGACGGCCUCGUAUCUGACCUUUUCCCUCGUGGUUUACCGGUGGUGUGGCCAGUGGGUUGCGUCUCCGUCUCUCGGCAGCGCGGGAUAUGUUGUCAAGAAGGUGGCAUAUGGUGUUGGUAUAACUGGACUGAUUGUGAGCGGCAUGCUGUACUGCCACACGGCGGCCAAGUACCUUUUCGUGCGCGUCCUUCGAGGCUCGGACCAUCUUCAAAAGAACUCGUGGACGCACUGGUGCACUUGGUUCGCCUGUACGUUUGGAACGGCUGUAGUUUCGUUUCUUAUUGCGUCAGGCAUCCCCAUUUACAAUUAUUUGGUCGCCCUUGCCGGCACGCUGGGGUUUGGGCCACUUGCUCUCGGGCUGCCCGGAUACCUCUGGAUCCACGAUCAUGGAUAUUACCGCACCGGCAACUGGAAGCAAGUUAUUAUUUACUGGUUGCACUGGCUCUUGAUUCUGCUCGGCGUGUUUAUGACUAUUGGUGGCACGUAUGGCGUUGUGCAAAAUAUUAUCGAUGCCUACGCCAAUGGCACAAUCGGUAGAGCCUUUGACUGCGCAGACAAUAGCAACUCCUCUUAAUAUUUGUCAAAAUGACUGCUUGAUAUAUUGGAUAGUACUCACAUUUAAUCAAUGUUGGGUAUCAAGUUUCCGGCAAACAAAUCCCGUGCAUUAAUCUUAAGUGUCAUCAGGCCUCCAUCAUUACAGGAUGUAACUGUUUGAAGUGACGUUGACUUGCUAUUGAUUUUGAAACCUUUAGCUUGAUCAUAUCUUCAACUGACAUCCUCAACGCCCGUCAUCCAAUCCCCUAACGUUUGGAACCCCGUCCGGCAAGUUCGCCACCCAAAGCUCUGGCCAAUUCUCUGAAAAGUCCCAUAACACUGGUGGCAUCUCAGGGCGUCUGAAGCCCUGCUCCUCAGAAACUCCCUCUUCAUACACUGGCCCAAGCACAUCAACGGGAAACAGCCAAAAGCCAAAGGCAGGUUUUACAGCGGUCUCCAGAUCUUCAUCCUUGUAUUUCUCGCUCUCCGCUCCGACGGGGAACUUGUAGCCAGAAGCUCGAAUGCUUUCAAACAUGGGAUGUACGGGCUGCUCAACUCCAUUCCAUCUGUCUUCUUCUUUCUGCAUGAACGCAUUUGCUGAAGCGCAAUCUAGAACAUGCUCCGACUCCGGUGGUUGAAAUGCUAUAUGCCACUUGUACUGGAUUUGAGGAGCGGAGAUGCCCCAUGCCUUCAGCAUUUGAUACCAGACGAGUAUCUGACUUCGAUUCUCAUUCAUGCCGAUAAAGACGUGCUUCAGGUCUUGACCAAUAGUGCGUGGAUCGCGGGGUAGACGCUCAAACGUUGGUACUUUGGCUUCGAUGGGAAACGACCGGUUGUAGACUAUUUCUGAAGUAGGUACCCCGUUAUGGAAGCCUAGGAUCUGGCGGCCUACUCGGAUUGCCGAGUAGAAGAUGACUUGGCGAAGAUUCGUCAUAAUCUGUGUGAAAGCCACCUUAGAUCCUCUAUCUAUAUCUGAUGGGUCUAUAAGGCGGAAGUCAUUGCCUGUCAAGUCGUUCCCCGUGAUUACCAGAUUGAGGAGACCAACACCGUAGGGAUCGUACGUGGUCUUCAGAUGGUACAUAAAAUUGAACAAAGUGUCCUUUACCAAGAAUAUCGGCGUGAUGCGAAGAAAGUCAAGUUCAGGAUUGAAGUAAAGGAUCCCCCAUUUCAUGAGUCCUCCAGUGGUCCUGAGCUUACACGGAAGGCGGACGCGGUAAAACAUCAAGGCUGCUUGUCUGGAGUCACUGUUAACGCGAAAUAACUUGCUCAUAGUUUGAUGUCCAUCAGCAGUCGGCCAGAAGGUUUCGCCAUUCUCUGGAAAUGUCGUGGUUCCUUCUACAUCGUCAUUCGUUUGAUGUGAGUAAACCGUAUCAUGGAGGGUUAGGUGAAUGAUGCGCCGGCGAUCUAGCGCAUGCGUCCAUAUCUUUUGGCGUAGCUCUUUUGGAAGCAGAGGGAAGAGAUGAAACUUGGAAUCCUGAUUCGGAGCUCGAUCCGGCGUGAAGAUCUGGAGAUGAGGUGGCAAGUGAGAUGCCAUGCUUGGUGUUUGAGACUAGCGUCUCCACGUAUCCUUUGUGGCGCCUUGUGUCGUGUUUUGCGUGGAAGAGGAAAGUCGAUGUGAAUGUGGGAUAUUUUUGAUUAGCACGCAGGGCGAAUUAAGUGGUUUGCAAUCAGAGAGCAAGUGAGCCUGAAGCCUG